UCUGUGGCGGAGCUUGGAUCAGGCGAAACAAUCCGCAGAUCGUGGGCACCUUUUUGAUUCAGAAAGAAAGAAAGGUGUUUUUGUUUGUGCCACAAACGCUGACUCCUCCCUGCGUUUGAGUCUCGUCUUAGCGAGUGCGCCUGUCAGUGACCCGGUAGUGUGAGUCGACUGGAGCUGCUUUAAAGGGACAGUCAAAGACCCACGACUGAAUCAUGCCAGCUCGUCGGGUAACGUAAAACCGACGAAACAACACAGCUAAGCCUGAAAAAAAACACGCAUUUUCAGGAACGCCAGUAACCUUUGAGAGGGAGAGGUGCUGGAUGGCUUUGCCGGAGGUGCUGAAGGCAGGGAAGCGUCCCGCUCCAGACGAUGAAGACACUCCUGACAAGAAACCCAGGAAGCUGCUGCCCAGCCUGAAGACGAAGCGGGCCUCGGAGCUGGUGCUGGUGAUCGGGACAGGGGUGAGCUCCGCCGUGGCCCCCCAGGUUCCGGCGCUGCGCUCCUGGAAGGGCCUGAUCCAGGCGCUGCUGGACGCUGCCAACGAUUUCGACCUGCUGGAGGAGGAGGAGAGCCGGCGCUUCCAGAAGAGCCUGCAGGAGGACAAGAACCUAGUGCACGUGGCCCACGACCUCAUCCAGAAGCUGUCACCGCGCACUGGCAACGUCCGCUCCACCUUCUUCAAGGACUGCCUGUACGAGGUGUUUGACGGGCUGGAGGCCAAGAUGGAGGACUCGGGGAAGGACCUGCUCCGCUCCGUCCUGCAGCUGAUGGAGAGCGGCGCGCUGGUCCUCACCACCAACUUCGACAACCUGCUGGAGAUCUACGCUGCCCACCAGGGCACCAAGCUGGAGUCCCUCGACCUCACCGAUGAGAAGAAGGUGCUGGAGUGGGCCCAGGAGAAGAGGCGUCUGAGUGUGCUUCACAUCCACGGGGUCUACACCAACCCCAGCGGGAUCGUGCUGCACCCUGCUGGCUACCAGAACGUACUGCGCAACACCGAGGUCAUGCGGGAGAUCCAGAAGCUGUACGAGACCAAGUCCUUCGUGUUCCUGGGCUGUGGCCGCACAGUGGACGACACCACCUUCCAGGCGCUGUUCCUGGAAGCGGUGAAGCACAAGUCCGACCUGGAGCACUUCAUGCUGGUGCGGCGCGAGGAUGUGGGCGAGUUCAAGAAGCUGCGCGACAACAUGCUGGACAAGUGCAUCAAGGUCAUCUCCUACGGCAACGAGUACGCAGACCUGCCCGAGUACUUCGAGAGGCUGGCUAACGAGAUCUGCACCUGUGGCAGCGCCACCAAUGGUUGGGGGACCCCUACACAGGAUGAUGAGCUCCACAAUGGCUUUGAUUCACCGAGGUGCCCUACUCAAGACUGCCACACAUGGUAGAGGACGAGAGAGAUGUGUAGAUCUGCUUGGAGAUUACUACACAGAGAGAAGGCCAGUGCGGUGAGCUGCUGAUGGGAUCUGGAUAAUGCAGCAGCUGUUACGAGAAGAGCACUCCUGCAAGGAUGACUAAGGCAGGCGUUUUCUACCCCAACUUACUCAGUCAAUAAGGCUAAACGGAAGCCACCACGGAUCUACACAAACCUACAAUUUUAUUAAAGCUUUCCUCCCUCCC